AAUCCAGCCCCGAAUCCAGCCCCGGAGCCGCCCCGGCCGGGCGGGGCCUGAGCCCGGCGGUGCCGCCCCUGCAGCCGCGGCGCGGCCCGGCCCGGCCCGGCAUGAGGCUGAGCCGGGCGGCCGUGCUGGCACAGGCCAAGGCGGCCGCGCUCGACGGCGUCCGCCGCCUCAACUGCUGGGGCAGCCACCUGACGGAUAUAUCCAUAUGCCGGGAUUUGCCCAACAUCGAGGUGAUCACGUUCAGCGUGAACGGCAUCUCGGACCUCGAGCCGCUGCACCAGUGCCAGAACCUGAGCGAGCUCUACCUGAGGAGGAACAACAUCAGGAGCCUGGAUGAGCUGUUCUACCUGAAGACGCUGCCGCGGCUGCGGGUGCUGUGGCUGGCGGAGAACCCCUGCUGCGGGCCCGACCCGCACCGCUACCGCAUGACCGUGCUGCGCAACCUGCCCAGCCUGCAGAAGCUCGACAACCAGGCUGUGACAGAGGAAGAGCUGUCGCAGGCGCUGGUGGAUGGCGUGGAGAUCACGGCCCCGCCGGCCCGCAGCAGCGUGGAGAACGGCUGGUCCGAGUCCACCGCAUCCAGCGCCGCCGGAUCCAGCACGGAGCCCGAGAGCGAGCUGCUCAGCUGCAGCCUGGAGACCAACAAAACUCAGGAGGAGCUUGAUAUGAAGCCUGUUCCCAGGGAUAAAUACUCCUCCUUUUCCUGUCAAGAGACAGACUGCAGCUGCAAGAAGAGAAACAACGUCCUGAAUGCCAUCCUGCUUCUCAUGAAGGAACUGGACACAGAGGGGCUGGAGAUCAUCCAGCAGACGGUGGCGAGGAGGCUCCAGGCCUUCCAGAAGAAGGAGCUGCAGGAGGAGUGACAACGCCCAUCCCCCUUCCACCCUCCCUGGAGCCCCAGCCCCGCGGUGCUGUCCUGCCCACAUCCCUGGCUGCAGCCAAAGCCUCGGGCAUGGGAUGGGAUGCUUCUUCUCUGGAGAUUUCCUGCUCGUGCAGCAGGCUCUGACGCUGUACCCUGUGUGCCUGGGGCUCUUGGAUGGGAGCUGCAGGCAAAUCAGCAAGGCAGAAGGGAACAGGGCUGCAGCCAGAGGUGCUGUGUGAUCCGAGGGGCAGCAGAGCCUGCUGCUGGCUGGGAGGGUCUCCACCCCUCAGCCAGCCUGGGGGCGCACAGCACUUCUGAGGACAGUUUGUACCUCAGAGAUCUGUUUUGGUGGAGUCUGACAGGGAGACAUUGCCUGAGAUGGUCACCAAGACCUGUCUGGUGCAGGUGGUGAAGGUCAAUGUCCAGUUAUUAAUUUAUUUUCCUGCUCCUGGCUGACUUUCUCAGGUCCUCCCUGGUGCACGCAGUGCCUGCCGGUCAGGCAGCCCAAAGGGAAGCUCAGAGCAGCCUAGGUGAACCAGGAAUGAAUCCCACAUCCUGAAUGCUCAGCUGUACUCUCACCCCAGCAUUCCCUGCAGGCAUUAGAGCAGUUUAAAGAAACAUCCCAGUUAAAAAGCCCUGAGCAUUCUGCCUGCUUUGCACAGGCAUCAGGGGUAGGUGUUGCUCUUUAACUGAUAAAACUGCAUUUACCAAGUUUUGUAGAGCUGUUAAGAACAAACUAAACUGUUGUGACAUACCAAAUAAACCAAAUUAUCUCUCAA